AUGGGCAUUCACUUUUGUAAGGAAGGCCACUUAAUUCUGAUUGAAAUUGAGGGUGAAUCACAACCAUAUCCAGAACGAGCUAAGAAAAAAAACCCUGCAAGUCUACCUAAAAGGAUACCUGAAACUCAACCUUCAAAGUUGCCAUCCCAGAAGAAGCAAAAGAAACCGCCUAGCAACGAGGCAGAAACCAUAAAGAUUCAGGCCUGGUGGCGUGGCACCCUGGUGCGUAGGACUCUGCUACAUGCAGCCCUCCAAGCCUGGAUCAUUCAGAACUGGUGGCGGCAGACACUGGCCAGGCUGGUCACCAAGAGGCGUCGAGCGAAGCUGGAGGAGUUUGUCUGCAAAGAAUGGGCAGUGGUCAGGUUGCAGUCCUGGUUCCGCAUGUGGCUGGUCCGCCGGCGUUACUGCCGCCUGCUCAAUGCUGUCUGUUUCACCCAGGCUUGUUGGAGGGGUCGAAAUGCUCAGACCUUUGGCCCUUUGCACGGCAACUAUCAAUUUGCAGGAACCCAGCUGCGAUUUGAGAUUGAAAUCCUUCUGCCCUCCCUGGUUUGUCGAAUGGUCGGCGUCAUUCCUUUCCCAAUAAAGAACUGA